UAUUACAGAUAGAAGCGACUGCAAAAGUUGACUUGCUCUUUCGUUGCAACUCAUAUCUCUUCUUCCAAAGAACGUCGCUGAAAGGUGAAUCAGAUAGAACCGAGUUGCAGAUCUGUUUCAUAAAAGCUCUUACUUGGGAUUGACUCAAUUUCUCCAACACGCCACAAAAUCCUGCUUCACUCAGCUUCCACAUGCAUUAUUACAGAUAGAAGCGACUGCAAAAGUUGACUUGCUCUUUCAUUGCAACUCAUAUCGCUUCUUCCAAAGAACGUCGCUGAAAGGAAAUCAGUGAUGGCUGAGGUAGUUGUGUCAGCGAUGGUUGAGGGAGUUGUGUCCUUUGGAAUGGAGAAACUCUGGGACCUCCUGAGUCGAGAAUCUGAGCGAUUGCAGGGAGUGCACGAGCAUGUUGAUGAUCUAAAACGCCGAAUGAGAAAGUUACAGUCAUUGUUGAAAGAUGCAGAUGCCAAGAAACAUAAAAAUGAAGCUGUGAGAAACUUCUUGGAAGAUGUCAAAGACAUUGUUUACGAUGCUGAAGAUAUAAUUGAAUCCUUUCUUUUGAAAGAAUCUAGUGGUAACGAAAAAUGGAUCAAGAGGCGUGUGAAAGGGCUUUCUUGUUUCUUAGUGGAGCGCCGAGAUAUUUCUAUAGAAAUUGAAGGCAUAACUAAGAGAAUGUCUGAGGUUGUUGCGGAAAUGCAGAGCUUUGGAAUAAAAGAAAUCAUGUAUGAUGGUCGUUCACUGUCUCUAAAAGAGAGACAAAGGGUGCAGAGGGAGAUCCGACAAACAUUUCCUAAGAGUUCUGAAAAGGGCCUUGUUGGGGUGGAAGAGAGUGUUGAAGAAUUGGUUGGUCAUUUGGUGAAGAAUGAUAACAUUCAAGUGGUUUCCAUAUCAGGGAUGGGUGGUAUUGGCAAAACCACUCUGGCAAGACAAGUUUUUCAUCAUGACAUUGUUCGACGUCAUUUUGAUGGAUUCGCAUGGGUAUGUGUUUCAAAAGAGUUUCGGCGGAAGGAUAUUUGGCAAAAGAUCUUGCAAGAUCUUAGACCACAUGGUAAGGACAUCAAACAGAUGGAUGAGAAUGAAGUCCAGGCUAUCAAACAAAUGGAUGAGAACGAACUCCAGGAGAAGCUCUUUCCAUUGCUGGGAGCACGUAGACAUUUAAUUGUCUUAGAUGAUGUAUGGCAAAAUGAAGACUGGGAUAGAAUAAAAGACGUUUUCCCCCAAGAAAGAGGUUGGAAAAUGAUUCUUACUUCUCGCAAUGGAGGUGUUGGUUUACAUGCAGACCCAACAUGUUUUGCCUUUACACCAACAAUCCUUACUCCCGAGGAAAGUUGGGAGUUGUGUGAGCAGAUAGCAUUAUCUAGAAGAGACAAAACUGAAUUUAGUGUUGAUAAAGAACUGGAAGCUAUGGGUAAAAAAAUGGUUAAAUAUUGUGGAGGACUACCGUUAGCUGUUAAAGUGCUGGGAGGCUUGUUAGCUAACAAGAAAUAUACGGUUGAAGCGUGGAAAAGAGUAUAUGACAAUAUUCAAACUCAGAUCAUUCGCUCAGAUGACAACAAACAAGAUUCGGUUUACCGAGUAUUGUCUCUGAGCUAUGAAGAUUUGCCAAUGCAUUUAAAGCAUUGCUUUCUUUUCCUAGCUUAUUUCCCUGAAGAUUUCAAGAUAACAGUCAAUAGACUGUCUUAUUUAUGGGCAGCCGAAGGAAUAAUAACAUCAAGUUGCGAUGGACCAACCAUUCGAGAGAGUGGAGAAGAAUACAUGGAAGAGUUAGGAAGGAGAAAUAUGGUUAUCGUAGAAAAAAGCAUUGGGAGUUGGGGUCAGGAAUAUUGUCAAAUGCAUGACAUGAUGAGAGAAGUAUGUUUAUCUAAGGCCAAAGAAGAGAAUUUUGUUCAAGUCAUCAAAGCCCCUACUUCCACUUCAACUGUCAAUGCUCAUACUCGUGAAUCUCGCAGACUCGUACUUCAUGGUGGUAAUGCACUUAAUAUGUGGGGAGGUAAAAGCAAUAAAAAAGCUAGAUCGGUUUUGGGUUUUGGACUCGACAGCAACUUGUGGAAGCAGUCGGCUCAAGGAUUCCGAAAUUUACAGUUACUUAGGGUGCUAGAUCUGAAUUUACAAUCAGAUAGUGUAGCUGCCAUUGAAGUAGGGAGAAUACCUUCCAGCAUUGGCAAUCUCAUUCAUUUGAGAUAUUUGAGCUUAAACGUGACUUCGGGAUCUCAUCUACCAUCUUCUCUACGGAAUCUAAAGCUUCUACUCUAUUUGGAAUUAUCCUCCAGUGGGGCUGUUUACGUGCCAAAUAUCUUUAAAGAGAUGGUCGAGUUGAGGUUCCUGUUCCUACCCUUUUAUAUGAAAAAUAAAACAAAGCUGGAAUUGGGUAAUCUAGUGAACCUGGAGCUUUUGGGGUGUUUCCGAUCGAAAAGUGGUAGCAUCAUAGACCUCUGCGGCAUGACUAGGCUCAGGACUCUCGAAGUAGUUCUCGAAGGCAAGUAUACUUGUGAAAUUCUAGCGUCAUCUCUCCGUGAAUUAAGAAACCUGGAGAAGCUUAGCUUGAUCUCCUUGAGCGAAUCCGAUGUGGCUCCUGAUGUGGAUUUCAUUUGGAAUUUCAUUCAUCUAAGGGAUUUGGUGAUGUCGAUGCAUAUGCCAAGGCUUCCUGAGCACUCUCGAUUCCCUCCAAACCUUGCAAGCAUAUCUCUAGGUCAAUGCAGAAUGGAGGAGGACCCACUCCCGAUUCUGGAAAAGUUGCUUCAUUUAAAGUCUGUUAUAUUAUGCUUUGAUGCUUUCGCAGGGAGGAAAAUGGUGUGUUCAAAAGGUGGAUUCCCUCAAUUACAUAAGCUAGAUUUAGUGGUUCUAAAAGAGUUGGAAGAGUGGGAAAUCGAAGAAGGGUCGAUGCCAUGUCUUCGUACUUUGCAUAUAAAGUAUUGUGACAAGUUGAAGGAGAUACCGGAAGGGCUGAAGUAUAUAAUCUCUUUAAAGGAACUGAAAAUUUCAGGUAUGAACAAUGAGUGGAAGGGGAAAUUGGAAUCAGGUGGGGAAAGUUACUACAAAGUCCAACACAUUCCUAGUGUUCAAUUAAACUAUCCUAGCUACAAAUAAGGAGAAUAAAACGUCUCAGGGGAACCUACUCAGAAUCAGUACCCACUGUUCAUUGUGUGAUGGGAUAUAUAAGUCGUUUUUGUUUACUACUUGUCUGCGUGCGAUAUUCCGUUUAUCUAUUCCAUGCUCACUCGCUGUAAUGCUAAGUUUGAAAUACAUUCUGUAUGUCGAACCAUAUUUUCUUCAAUGUCUCCCUUUUUUGUAUGACAAUGCUUUGAUAGUGAUCAUUGAACAUGAUUUUAUCAUUUGGUU